AUGGGAGGUAAUGGAAGUACAGCGAGGAAUGUGUCUUUUGGGCUGGACGAAGACGAGAAGGUCAAAGUAAUUGAAGGAGUAAAGCUGUCGGGGGAUGUUCUCCGGCGGAUGAGGGACUCUCAGGGGUCUGAUGGCAUCAAACCUAAGCCGCCAUCAGACAGCCAAAAGACAUCAUCAGAUCCAAAACCAGCUGGACCAUCUAGCGCAGAGAUGCAGGAAGAGAUGCGCAAAAACUUUGAGCGUCAGCAGGCUUUGGUGCAGGAGCAGUUGGCCAAACUGGCCAAGAGGGAAAGAGAAGCUUCGACACUCGGAGGCCUAGAUGAGCGGACUCCUACCGUCAUCAUGGAGAGGGGGAAGGCCCACGAAGAGCAGCAAAAGGCCAAGCAACUGGUGAGCGUUAUAGCCUGGGUAAUGUCAAAAGUAUGUAGCUACAGCUACCGUUAA